CGUCGGCCCGAGGGGAUGGACCACGACGCGCCGCCCGCCCCGCCGCACCACGCCCCCCAGGACGACGGCGCCGUGGACGACUGGGCGCGGGACGACGCGGAGCCGUCCGAUCGCCACGCCGCCCCCGCGGACGAGAGCCCCGAGGCCGCCGCGGAUGCCCCCGCGCCGCCAGCCGAAGGUGUCAAUGACAUCCAGUCAUCACUUCAGUCCUUGGAAUUGAAGACAAAUGCUGCUGCGCAUGAGGAUGUUCAAAUGGUAGUAGAAGAGGAAGAGGAGACAAAGCGCCAUUUAAAUGUGGUGUUCAUCGGCCAUGUUGAUGCUGGCAAAUCGACUGCUGGGGGGCAAAUAUUGUUCUUGAGUGGUCAAGUUGAUGACCGGACCAUCCAGAAAUAUGAGAAGGAAGCAAAGGAUAAAAGCCGAGAAAGUUGGUAUAUGGCUUAUAUUAUGGACACAAAUGAGGAAGAGCGACUUAAGGGGAAGACUGUUGAAGUUGGUAGAGCCCACUUUGAGACUGAAAAUACAAGAUUCACUAUCUUGGAUGCACCGGGCCAUAAGAGUUAUGUUCCAAAUAUGAUAAGUGGUGCAUCUCAAGCUGACAUUGGUGUUCUGGUCAUAUCAGCUCGAAAAGGUGAAUUUGAAACUGGUUACGAAAGAGGAGGGCAGACUCGGGAACAUGUACUGCUUGCAAAAACUCUAGGUGUUUCUAAGUUGGUAGUUGUCAUCAACAAGAUGGAUGAACCUACAGUACAAUGGUCUAAAGAAAGAUAUGAUGAAAUUGAAGGGAAAAUGGUUCCUUUUCUCAGAUCUUCAGGGUACAAUGUUAAGAAAGAUGUUCAGUUCUUGCCGAUUUCUGGUCUUUGUGGAGCCAAUAUGAAGACCAGGAUGGAUAAAAGCAUUUGUAGUUGGUGGAACGGCCCUUGCCUUUUUGAAAUUCUGGACAAAAUUGAAGUUCCAUUGCGUGAUCCCAAGGGCCCAGUAAGGAUGCCAAUUAUUGAUAAGUAUAAAGAUAUGGGCACUGUCGUCAUGGGAAAAUUAGAGUCAGGGACUAUCAGAGAGGGUGAUAGUUUGUUGGUUAUGCCAAACAAGUCCCAUGUGAAAGUCACUGGUAUAAACUUGGAUGAGAAGAAAGUACGGCGUGCUGGACCGGCUGAGAAUGUUCGUGUCAAAGUGUCUGGAAUUGAAGAGGAGGAUAUCAUGGCUGGUUUUGUACUUUCAAGUGUUGCUAAUCCUGUUGGUGCUUUCACUGAAUUCAAUGCUCAAUUGCAAAUUCUAGAGCUGCUUGAUAAUGCUAUUUUCACUGCUGGCUAUAAGGCAGUGUUACAUAUCCACUCUGUUGUCGAGGAGUGUGAGAUUGUGGAUCUCAUAGAGGAAAUUGACAUGAAGAAAGCGAAAGUAACUGACCCAAAGAAAAAGAAGACAAAGAGGAAGCCUCUUUUUGUGAAGAAUGGUGCAGUUGUAGUUUGCCGUGUCCAGGUGACUAAUUUGAUAUGCAUAGAGAAGUUCUCUGAUUUCCCUCAGCUUGGAAGGUUCACUCUACGGACUGAAGGAAAGACAAUAGCUGUAGGGAAGGUUGUUGAUGUUCCUCCAGCCGGCAGGACAACAUUUUCAGCUUAAGCCAAUUUUGACAGGAUGAUGAUGGUUAUGUUGACAGGAGAACAAAGUGGUGCUGUGUUAUCGGAAGCAGCGAGAUCGAUUUAGUAUAAAUUUUCCAGCCAGGCUCCAUGAGUCACUUAGCAUAGUCUAUUGCUGAGGUCCCUUUAUUGAGUUGGGGUGUAUAAGUGUUGUAGCUCUGGUCACAUGUUUGAGAGGUUGUAAAAUCAGUGUGGUUAUAUGUUCUGGCUACCCGAUCUGAUACCAAUAUAACAGAAGGUGUCUUGUACUCAA